CAGACUUAUACUAACAGUGUAUUGGGAAUCCCUUUCUGGUUUCACUAAGUAGUGCCAGUUAAAAUCAAUAAUUAUGACAGAGUGCUGGGGAAAUAUUACACCCUCUCAUGAUGAUCCCAAGACAAUCUGAGAUGGAGUUGGAAUCUAACGAGAAAUGUCUGAUGACAAUUUUUGAAAAGAAUUAAUUGCAGCGGAUUUGUGAUAAUUUCAAUCACUCUGCAGAGGAAAGGGAAACUAUUAACAACAACAAAAAAAGACAGUGAUGUAUUAUUCAUCUGAAGUUGAAAGACGACAGUAUUGAAAUCCUGCAGUGAAUUCUCAGUGAGAUUAAAAAACAAAUUUGCCGAGACAGCAUAGAUCACAUUUUUCAAGGCUGUCAUUUGCUGUUCUAAGACAAUCAGAAAUUUCUAGCAGAACUAAUCUGAGGAUUAGGGUAUAGAUUCUAAUUAGUAGUGACAGAAAAAUCUGUCACCCACUUAUCGGUGGCGAUCUUACACAAAUCUCUGACAAUACCAAUGACAUUACAGUAGCAACUAAGCAAACAAGGAGGGAUCUGGAACUUCAUCAGAAAAUCUCCGAGCUUUCUAGGAUUCAGUAAAACAGUGAUGGCUUCAGGAUUACAAGAGCAAGGCAAUCAAGGAUAGUUCUAAUCACAAUUUAAAUGUGCAGAAGAUAAAACAAUAUUUUCAAAGGGAAUAUUUCAGUAAUGGAUUAAAUCAGAUUGAAAGAUCUUGCUGUGCUUCACCAGAGAGAGGAAAUACCUUAUUUAUUGUCCAUGAACUUUUCUGUGUUGAUGAGUACAAAUAAAACAAACAUAUCUCGGGAGUUUCCUGAGGAAAGAAUGCAAAUAUUCAAGAUGCGCUAUAAUAAUUCCAGUUUAUGUGAAUCGGUGGAUGCUCUUUGGUGGUGUGACCAGGAAACCAGCCUACUCAUUCUCAUGGCCAUAGCGAUAAUAUUUUGCGUCAUUGGAAGUUUUGGCAACCUCAUCACCAUCUUAGCAAUCAUCUUCUCCAAUCUACGUAACAACGUUAACUGCAUUCUCAUUGGGAGUUUAAGCAUGGGUGGAUUUCUGUACUGUUCUGUUAUUCUGCCAUUACAGGCAGUUAUUUAUUAUCAAGUCCAGGACAUCACCAGCGAAAUCUUCUGUCGAGCCAUGGCUGGUAUGAGGUACAGUCUGGUGGGAACGAUUCUACUUAACCUGAGUGUCAUUGCGUUUUACAGGUAUCUCAACAUUGUCCACAUAAAUCUGUACCACAAACUGUCUACAACACGAUCCCUCAUGCUAGCUAUCGCCAUUAGCUGGAUCUUCCCCCUUUUCUUCACAAUACCUCCAACUCUAUCCCUUUGGGGGUCCUUUUCUUUCAACAAGAAAGUUCUGGCAUGUACUUUCUUUGACAGUGGCAGUUUAUCUGAUCAUUCCAAUCGUUACGCAACUGUGACAGCUGGAUUCAUCGUUCCAUGUUUCUUUAUCACGUUCUGCUACGCCAGGAUAGGUUGCGUCGCUUACGGAAGCUCAAAACGAGUGAGUCAAUGGAGUACCAGUACCACUCAAACAAAAGCUCUGCGCCUUUCUGCCAUGAUGCUGUGUAUAUUUGCCAUAUUUUUUGUAGGCUCAUUUCCAUAUUUCACAGUGAAUGUUUAUGACAGACACUUUGAGCAGCCGAUUCACCACCUGUGGACGACAGUUUUAUGUUGGUUGUCGUAUUGUUUAAAUCCUGUGGUAUACACAGUUAUGGACAGGAAUUUCCGUACAGCGUAUAGAAGAUUCUUGAUGGGAGAUUGUGAAAGGUCACCACUGAACAGGAAUGGGUCCUUUCUUCCCCCUUUAACCCCCGUAUGACAUCAGAAAUGACCAAAUUUAGUUACCCUGGUCCUGAAGUUUUUUACUUAAAUCUUAUUUGGAGACAUUAUCGACAAAACUGGGUCAAGUGUAGAGACCUUGACACAAUCGAACGAAGUAUAAUCUUUACUUGUAAGCUGCUUUUGUAUAAGAAGAGAUUUUAACUAAGACUUGUUAUAUUUUGACAGAGAGAACUGAUAUUAGAUGAUUGAAAUUGCCUUACUCUGAUAAAUCAGAAAUUAAUUUUGAAGCACAUGCUUAAAAGCUAAUAAUGUUUUUAUCUGUUAAGUUAUGUAAUCCAUGAUGUUUGACUUGGUGCUACAGAAGUUUAAAUGUUACAAUUUUAUUGAGAUUCUGUUUACAUGUUUUGAUAUUUUAAUAUUAAGUUUAAUGUUAAUACACUUUAUCAUCUUUCCUUAUUCAGUGCAGUUUGUGGGCAUGAGAUAUUUGUGUUUAUAUGUUUUUUUUCCCCUUAUUGUUGAAAAAAAAAUUGUAGACUUAAUUUUGUUUGAUGUUUUAUUUAUCUUUGUGACAGAGAGGAUAAUUAUGUUGUUUCAGUAUUAAUUCAUUUCUACAUUCCAAACUGGAAUUAUAAUCAAAUAAAUUUUGAAAACUUGA